AUGGCAAAAAAAAGUGAAGAAGCCAAAAGAAUAUUAAAAAAGAAAAUAAACAAUGAUAUAACUAAUAUUUUAUUAUUGUUCGAAAAAGUACAAGAGUGGGCAGAUUUAAGUAAUAUAUUACAAAAACUUUAUUUAACAAUAGAAAAAUAUGAAGUAUUUGUUGAUUUUUCUUCAAAAUUUUUAUUAUUUAGAAGAUUAUCUCAAUGCUUAAAUCCUCUUUUGCCUUCGGGAGUACAUUCUAAAGCAUUAAUAAUAUAUUCAACAAUUUUUAAAAAAAUAGAAAAAAAAUGUUUCAUAAAUAAUAUUCACAUAUUAUGUUCAGGAAUAUUUGAAUUUAUGUUGCAUUGCACUAUUAACUUAAAGACUGUUUAUUUUAAAAGUAUAAAAAUUAUUUUAAGUUUAAAAGAAAAUGUUUAUAUUUUUGCUUAUGCCUUAUUACUAUCAUUAUUUAAUGUAAUAGAUAGUGACAACAAUAUAUUACUAUAUAUAUAUUCUAUAAAUAAUUAUAUUGGAGAAAAAAUAUUUUUCAAUAAUCUAUGGUUAUUAUUAUUAAGACAUAGUGAAAUAAGAACAAAUAUUUUAAAUUUUUUACAAACAUCAUUUAGUCCUCAAAUAUCCUUAUUAUCAAAUGAAAGAAUAAAAAUGCUUUUGCCAUAUAGAGAUGAUCUUGUCUUGGCAUCACUUAUUUUCUGCUUAAAUGAUAAAAAUAUUUUAAAUCAAAGAUUAACUUUAAGUUUAUUAAUAAAUAACUUUCCUUUAUCUCAAAUAAAUAAUAAAAAUAGAAAAAAAAUAAAUAAUAAAAAGAAAAGUAUAGGUAAUCAUAUUUCAGAAGAUAAUAUCUUAAACAAUAUUAACGAUACAGUUAUUAUUACUGGGAAAAAUGAAAACUCUUUUGAGAACGAAAAAUUAUUUAAUGAACAAGUGAAUAAGGAAUACCUUCUUAAUGAUAUAAAAAAAGAUAUGAUUAAUGGUGAUAAUAAAAAUUUAUAUGAUGAAAAAAAUGCAGAUGAUAAUAAAAAUUUAUUAAUUGAUUCUGAACAUAAUAUAAAUAAUGAUUUAAUAUAUUAUAACAAAAAUAUAAAUAUAUUAAAUGAAAAAAAAUGGAAUAAUUUUGAUAAUAGAGAAAAGAAGUACAUUCAUAUGGAUGAUAAUCAUAAACACGAAAGUUUUGAUACAAUUGAUAAAUGUGAUGAUAAUGAAAAAAACAAAGCAAAUGUAAAAUUUGGUGAUAUGGAAAAAUAUGAUAUUAAUGAAUAUGUAGAUAAUUAUAAUAAUAAUAAUAAUAUUACUAUAUAUCCUAAUGGUAAAAUGAAUAAUAACACUGAAGCUCAUUUAAAUGUUGAUGAAAAAGAAAUAUCUAAUAAUUUUAUAGAUCCAAAAAAAGAGAAAUAUGAUGCAGAAUAUGAUUUAAAUAGCAAUGAAAAAAGCGUAUUAUUAAUAAAUAAUAUUACGAAAUGUGAAGAAAGAGAAUCAUCAAAUAAUAUUUUGUUUAGUGAUAUUAGCAAAAAAAUAAUUACAAGAAAUGUUAUUUUUUUAUUACAAAAAUCAGACAUAGGUCUAAAUAGAAGAAUAUUUAAAUAUUUAUAUCUAUAUGAAAAUAAUGAUGAAAAAAAUUUGAGAGAUAGUAUAGACUUUGAAAAUUAUAAAAUAUUUUAUGAAACAAUAAUAGACAUUCUUGAAAGUAAAUUCAAUGAUAAUUAUUACAAUAUUUGUGAUGUUUUAUAUAUAUUAUUUAAAAAUAAAGAUUACACUGAUGUUAAUAAAUAUUUAAUGGAAAGAAUUUUUUUAUAUAUGCUAAAUUUUUGCUACAAAUAUAGAAAUGACAAAACAGUAUUAUCUUUUUUAAGGAAUAUGCUAAGUCUAAAUUUAAUAAGCUAUGAAAAUAUUUUAAAUAUAUUUUUAAAUACUUUUUACUUCUUAAAAAGAGAUGAUUCUUUGUUUAGUCAUAAUAUAAAUAUAUAUAUAUAUAAAUUUAUGAAUUUAUUAAAUAUAAUGACUUUUUUUGUGGAAUUCUUAAAACAUAUAAAUAAAUAUGUAUAUAUAUGUUAUAUAUUUUUAUUCAAUAUUGCUACUUUGAAAUUAAUAAAUUAUCUAAAUCAUAAAAUAAUAAUCAUUAUAAAAAAUUAUAGUCAUGUAAAAGAUUUAAAUAAAAAAUAUUUUAUUUAUUCGAAUGAUAUAGUGUCAGGGAAACAUAGUUCAUUAUAUUAUUUUUAUUUUUUUGUUACAAAUUAUAACAACUAUUAUAUGCAUAAUUGUUUUGUUUUAAUUAUAAAAGAACCAAUAUUUCAAAAAUAUUUCAGUAAAAAAAGUAACAUUAAACAAGGAUAUGAUAUGAAUAGUCAAUUGAUAUUUUUCAAUAAACAUGAGUUAAGUAAAGAUAUGGAAGGGUUUGAAAAAAAUGAGCACGGAUUAGAGGAAAUUCAAAUAAAUGAUAAAAUUUUAGAAGAAAAUGUAAAUGAAUUAAAUAUUGAAAAAGAAGAGAAAUUAAAAAAUAUGAGAAUUACAAACGACAUAAUAAAAAGGGAGGAAAAGAAAGAACACAAAAAUAUAGAAAAUAGAAAAAGGAUUGCAAUUGAUAAUUCAAUAUAUAAUAAAAGUUUUUCUUUAGAUAGAAAUAAUUUUAUUGGCAAUGAUAAAAAAUUUAAUAAAAAUCAUCUACAAGUAGAAAUUGACGAAUUUUUACUAUCUAUACUAAUGAAAUAUAAACAUAUGUUAAAGAAAAAUUUGAUUGAUUCUAUUAUUAAAAAUAAUGAAUUAUACUUUUUUAUUGAUAAUUAUGAAUAUAUUAUUUAUUUAUUUUAUAACUAUCAUUUGUUAAUUGAAAAAGAGAACGUAAGCAAAAGUUCCUUUUUUUUUUUAAGAAAUAUUUUAAAAAACUGCACUAGUGAAGAUAAAAACAAAUUUUAUUUUUGGUGUUUUUUAUUUAUCCAAAUAAUUAGAAUAAACUUCAAUAAUUUAUUAGUUCAAAAUUUUAAUUAUAAGCAGUCUUCCAUGAAUAUUAAUUAUAAUAAUAAUAUAAACGAAAAAGAAAAUAUUACUGAAGAAAAAAUUAUAAAUGAAAAUAUAAUUGAAAAUGGCCAAAUAAAAUAUCUAGGAGAAAUAACUGAUAAUUCGAAAUGUUCUAAUAAUAGUUUGAUUAGUUAUGAAGAAGAGCUUUUAUUUAAUAAAUCUUUCGUUGAAAAUAUUUUAGUUUACUCCAAUAAAACUGUAAAAAAUAUAUUUAACUAUAUUAAAAUAUUAAAAAAAAAUAAGAAAUUCAUUCAAUUGUUUUUUAACAUAAAUUAUAUAUACAUUUUUUGUGAUAACAUAUAUUGUUUAAAAAUUUUGAAGAAAAGAUUAAAAUGUAAAGAUAACAAUGAGUUAACAAUAAAUGUAAAAGUAAUCUUAGAGUACAUUAUUAAUAAUCAAAUGGAUGAGUAUCACGUAAUUCGUUCAAAUUUUUAUAAUUUAUCUCAUGAUAUUUUUAAACUUUAUAAUAGAAAUACAUUAAUUAAUUAUUAUUUAAUAAAGUAUCUGAAAAUAAAUAAAUAUAAUCUUUCAUAUAUUUUUGAUAAUAUAAUAAUUAGUAUGUUUGAUUUAAUAAAUCAGAUAGAAGUUUUAUUUAAUAAUAGUAAGAAUGAAUAUAAAGAUAACACUAAUAAUAAUAAUAAUUACAAUAGAAGUUACGAGACUAUUAAUAGUAAUAUUGAAAAUAAUAGUAAGAAUUGUAGAAAUGAUAAUUUUAAUAAAGAUAAUAAAAGUAUGAAUAAUUAUGAAAAAUGCUUAAAAAAAUUAAAAUGCAAAUUUGAUUAUAUAAAUUUUUUUUUUUUAAAUAUUGAGAACUUUAUGCUUUGGUUAUACAAACAUAAAAUUAGUAAAAGAAUUUAUGAUUCAAGAGAUAAAAUAAAUUUAUCCAAUUAUGAGAAAAAUAUGGCAAUAAUUAUUUGUUAUAUUUGUACAGAAGGGAAUAUAAAUUCUUUUUUUUUUAGAAAUUAUUUGGAUGUAUUUUUUAUUUUGUUUUUAAAAAUUCUGUAUUUAAAUGAAAACAUUAGUGAAUUGAAUAACAAUACUAACAAAAUAGUACAAAAAGAAAAAAAUUCGUUGAAGCAAAAUUCAUUAUUAGAAUUCAAAAGAGAUAUAAUCAAUUUACUAAAUAAUAUUUUUAAUAUAAAUAAUAAUAAAAAUUAUAAGUUUAUGAAAAUUUUAAGCAUUUAUUAUAGGCAGACGAUUCAUCAUUUAUUGUUUUUAUACUAUUAUUUUACUGUAAAAAAAUAUUAUAUACUGCAAUUGCAUUUAAUUAAUUUCAUUAGAUAUAUGCUACCUCAAUAUGAGAAAAACGUGAAUAGCAAACAAUGUUCUAAUGAAAAUAUUGAAAUAGAUAGAAAUUAUAAAAUGCAGAAAUGUAAUAAUUAUGAUGAAUUUCUUUCUAUUAGUAAAAAUUAUUUUGAAAUAAUAAACAGGAAAAAUCAAAAUAUCACGAAUGACGUUUUCAUUUUUAGUAUAUUAAGAAAAUCAAUGACCAUUAUAUUUAAUAUGAAUGAACAAGUCAUAUAUAAAGAAGUCCUAAAAACUAUUAUAUAUUUAAUUGAAAAUAUUAUUGAAGAAAAAGAAGUGAAAAAUUAUUAUUUAACAGUUUUUUUUUUAGAUAUGUUAUAUAUAAUAAAAAUGGAAGAUAAGAAAAAAAAAAAAAACUUAUUUUUUAUAAUGAAAUUUUGCAAUUUUUUGUCAGAAAUAUUUAAACUUAUAUAUAAAGAUGAAAUAAAGAAUGAAAGUAAAUAUGAAAAUAAAAAUGAUUAUUAUAAUAUAUCUAUUGAUGAUAUUGAAAAUAGCUUAAGCGAAAAUAAAAUAUCCACGAUAAAUUUCUGUAAUAUAUUUUCAUUAAAAACUGAUGAUAAAUUUAUAAGUAUGCAGCAUAAAAAUAUAUCAAAUUUAUUUUCAAUUAUUUUUAAUUUAUAUGCUUUUUUAAAAAAAAGAAUAACAUUAUACUACAAAAAUAAUAAUUAUAAUAAUGAUAUAAAUGUUAAUAAUAAUAACAAAUGUAAUAAUAAUAAUAAUGAAAAUAAUAAUAGUAAUGAAUAUAAUAAAAAUAGCAAUAACUAUAAUAAUACUAAUAGUGAAAUUAAUAAUAAUAAUAGCGAAAUUAAUAGUAAUAACAUCAACAAUAAUAAUUGCAACAACAACAGCAACAACAACAACAACAACAAUAAUAAUAAUAAUAAUAAUAAUAAUAAUAAUAAUAAUAAUAAUAAUAAUAAUAAUAAUAAUAAUAAUAAUAAUAAUAACAAUAAUAAUAAUGAAAUUAUUAAUAAUAAUAAUAAUGAAAUUAAUAAUAGUAAUAAUGAAAUUAAUAAUAAUAAUAGUGAAAUUAAUAGUAAUAGCAUCAACAAUAAUAAUUGCAGUAACAACAAUAAUAAUAAUAACAAUAAUGAAAUUAUUAAUAGUAAUAAUGAAAUUAAUAAUAGUAAUAAUAAUAGUAACAAUGAAAACAAUAAUAAUGUAAAUAAUAGUAUUGUUAAUAAUUAUGAUAAUAAUAAUAAUAUUACUAUUUAUAAUAAGAUUGAUAAUAAUAAUAUUUGCAUUAAUAAAGAUAAUAUUAAUGGUUAUAAUAGCUGUAUGUAUGACAAUAACUAUAAUGAUACAGUCAAUUUUUCAAAAGAAGAUAAUAUUAUAAAAAGUACUCAUUAUAGUAUAAAUGAUAAUAAAAAUGGAAACUCCGAAUUAAAUAAUGAUGUCAAUAAUUCAUUUAAUAAAUUAAAUUUUAAUUCAAAUAUUGAAAAAAAUGAUUUAUUAAAAGAUGCAUAUUAUAAUAUAAGCAGUGAUAAAAGCAAUUUAGUGAAAUAUUGCGAAAUUAAUUUUACAUUUACGAAUAAAUAUGAAAAUGCUUAUAUAAAUAAUUAUAAAAAUAAAAUAAAUAAUGUAGAAAGUAAAAAUUUAAAACAAAAUAAAAAGAUAAUUUUAUUGAAAAUAUGUUUAGAUAAUGUAAUUUCUAUAAAUAAACUUUUAUAUUUCAUCACUAGAAGCGAUUUUUUAUUUAUCGAUAAUUUAUAUUGUAUAUUUAAAGAAUAUAUAAAUAAUAGAAAUGAGUAUAACCAAGAGGAAAUAAUGGAAGAAUCUUUUUAUGAACCAAAGAGGAAAUUAUAUAAAAAAAUAAAAAAUAAAAAAGCUAAAGACGAAGGAAAAAUAGAAAUAGAAAGUUUUAUAGAUAACAAUGAAAAUAUUGCAGGAAAUAAAAAGAUAAAAAAAGAAAAAAUUAGGGAAUAUUUUAAAAAAGAAAAAAAAUUAUUGAAAAAGUUGAAUUUUAUAAGCAAAUUUAGUAAAAAUCCAAUUAAAAAAAGUAUGGUUGUGAUGAAUCAUCCUGACGAAUGUACAGAAAAAAAAAAACUGUCAUUUUCAUUAACAUUAUUAAGAGAAUUUAAAGAUGACAUAUUGAUAAAAAUAUUAGAUGAUUUAUUAAAUUAUUAUGAGAAGAAUAAAUCAAAAAUAAAUAUAAAUGAAUUUAUGUACUUUUUAUUCAAUAUAUAUUUAAAUAUAUGUACAUUAUCAAAAAAAGUUAUAAAUUAUUUUAUUGAUUUUAUAUUUACGUUUAUUAAAAAAAUUAAUCAAACAUCUCAUAAUGUUAUGUGUAGCAUAUGGUUUUUAUAUAUUUUAAUUAUAAUAGAAAAAAAUCAUAUAUAUGUAUUUAAUGAUAAAUUACAAAAAAAAAUAAUAUUAGAGCAAGUAAGUAUACUAAUGCAGAUAUCUUUGUAUAAUUAUUACUCGAAAAAUGUAAAGAAUAAUUAUAAUAUUCAGACACCUGUACCAAAUUUUGUCCAGCCAUUUAGUAUUUAUUAUAUAAUACAAAACUGUUUUUUAAAUAAUAACUAUUUUAAGAAAAAAAUGAAUGUAAAAUAUUUUUAUAUAAAAAAUUUAAAAUUAAUUGAAAAGCAUUUCAAUAUAAAUGAUUAUUCUGAAAUAGCAGCAAUUAACUCCUUAUCCUUUUUAUUAAUGUGUUUUUAUCAUGCUAUUAAUAGUACUAUAAAAAGUUAUAUAUGUGAAUCAUCAAUAAAUAUUUUUUAUGAAAAUUUUAGUAAAUAUAUUUCUUUAAUAUAUAAUAAUAGUAUACAAAACAUUUUUUAUAGAUAUUUAUUUUUAUUAAUUAUGAAUUUAUUAAUUGAUUACAAUUAUAGCAGUAAACAUUAUAUUAAGAAAAUUACAUUCGAUUUAUAUUCAUAUAUAACAAAUAUUGAUAUAAGAUGCACAAAAGCAUUGUCAAAUAUUUUUAAAAAAUUAAACGAAACUAAUAUUGACGAAUUAUUAUUAGUACCAUCUACUAGCAUAUUUUCACUUAAAUUUAAUAUCAUAAACUCAAGAAUUAAUUAUAUAAAUAAAUUGUCAUUAAUUAUAUUAGCCGGAAACAAAAAUUUUUAUUUAUGCCACUUACCUAAAAUAGCUGAAAAUAUUUCAGAAUAUUUAAAAUUAUGUACAGACUUGAAAUUAUAUAGAGAAAUAUUAAUUUUAAUAUGUGUAAUAAUUAUAAAGAAUGAUGAAAGUGAAAUUUAUAUAAUAAUCCCUACGUUUAUUUCCCUGAUAUUGCAAAUUUAUCAUGUAGAAAGAAUGAAAUAUAAAAUAGCAUUUGAAAAUUUUAAAAAUUAUGAUAAAGAUGAAGAUAAUUAUAUAUAUGGUUUUAAUUCAUAUAAUAACAAGGAUGUUCUUACUUUAUUAAAAACAUUAUUAAUCAUAAUAAAUAUUUUAAUUAAAAGAAACGUUAAUUUUUUAAAUUUUUACUCAUGGAUAUUUUUUAAAGAUAUAUAUAUUAAAAAAAAAAAAUCUUUUCUCAAUAAUAAUAAGGAUUAUUAUGCAAAUAAUAAUAUGAAGCACAAUCAGUAUAUAUAUUAUACUAAUAGUAUGAGCACAUGUACUUCUUCGAGUGAUAUGGAAAACAGUAGCACUGCAACUAUUGAAGAAAAAUCUUCAAAGUUACAAGUAAAAGAAAAUAUGUCUAAAAAUAAAAGGAAAGAUAGUAUAUAUUAUAAGAAUGCUAAUAAAAAUGAGAAUAAUGUGAAUGGAAAUAAUAGUUUACAAAAUAAUAAUAGUGAAGAAAAAUCAGAAAAAAAUGAUGAAAGUGUUCAAGACAAUACUGAGAUAGAAGAAAAAUUUAAUGAAAAUGGAUCAAAUGAUUUAAUUAAUAUUUUUCUUAAUGCAAAUCAAGAAGAGGCUUAUAAUAAAAACUACAUUUCAUCACAUAAGUUAAAAAAAAAUCUGCAUAAUAAAACAAAAUCAGAAGAAACAAAAUUUAUGGCAUUUUUAGAUAUAAUAGAAAAAUUAUAUUCACCAUCAACCUAUAAAAAAAGUAAAUCAAAUGAGACAAAAAAUGAAAAAAACUCAAGAAAUAUAAAUAAUAAUUAUAAAGAAAGUGAAAACUCAAUAGAAAUUCUUGAAGAGAAAAAAAAGAAACCACAAAUUUUAUAUAAUAACGGUGAUAAUAAUAAUUUAAAGAAAAAUAUGUAUUAUGUUGACAAUUAUUUGAAUGAGUACACUUUAAAUACAAAAAAUAAUUUAUCAGAAUAUUCUUCUUUUGAAAACAAUUUAAGCAGCUCAACUAUAAAUUCUAUUAAGAGUAAUUUUUCUCAUAAUUCUUCAAAAGAUUUAAACGAAAUUUUACUUUCGUCAGAUAAUAGUUAUAUUAGUAAUAGUAGCUCUAAUAAUAUGAAUAAUUUAAAUAAUUUUAUUUCUAGUGUUGAAAAUGUAGAAUCCUUAUCAUCAGAUAAUAAUAUUUGCAAUAAAUCAAAUGAAAAAUGGAAUUAUGUGCAUUGCCUAAUGAGCUAUGAUAUAUGCGAAUUACUUAAAAAAAAAAAAAAAAAAAAAAAAAAUUCUAUUUAUUCAUGUAAAAAUAUAGCAUUGUCUUUAGUUUAUUUAUCAAAAAAAAUAAAAUUAAAUUUUUUUAAAUAUUCCAUGAAGAAGCCUAAAGAUGAAACCCUUAUUUUACUAAAGGAGUUAAAUUCUAUUGAAAAUGAGAUUAAUAAUAUAUUUUUAGAAGUCGAUUUACAUGAAAUUUAUUCAGAUUUCAUGAUUAGAUAA